AAUAGUUCCUAACACAAGCCUCAUUAACCGGGCUUACGUGAUCGGAUUCUCUGCUCAGAUCUAUCUUCCUAUUGCUGCUCAGGCAUGGCGCUACCUUGUACAGAUAGUUUUACGUGAUGUUUCUUGGGUAAACCUGCACUUUUACGCACUAAACUAACCAGUGGGUGUUUUUAGAGAGGGUUUAAGGUUUGUCUUUCACUUUUAUUCUAACUCUGCCGGUAUGUUUUUACUCUUGUGCGGAUUGCUGUGUUUGUGUGCGCUGGGCUGCGCUCAGUUAGCCACUAAUGGACAGUUGGACGAUGGAAAGCGGUACAUCUGCCGCGCAAUUCCCCUCAGCGGAGAUCCCACCUGCCCGGUGACAUUGUUACCCGAGCUAAACGUGGGGGGCCAGGAAGAGGAACUCAGAAACACCGUCAUGCAGCUCCGAGAGACAAUUCUACAGCAGAAAGAAACGAUUUCCAAACAGAUAGGCACCAUCAACGAGCUCACCACCAAGCUGUCCCUCUGUGCCUCAACCACCGACGAUAGGAAGUACGACAAGGGGGCUUCCUGGGGGAAAGAGAAGCAAAACACAAUGGGGGAUGUUCCCAGGGAUCCAAAUGACUCCAUCGACAGUCUCGGGAAAACCAUGCAAGGGCUGAAGGACCGGUUGGAAAAUUUGGAGCAACAGCAGCUGCGGGCCAACGUAUCGGGAGCGUCGUUCCCCAGCGAGCUCCGGGACCUCCUGCAGCGUCGCCUCGGGGAGCUGGAGAAGCAGCUCCUGAAGAAAGUCAGCACCCUGGAGGAGGAGAAGAGCAUGCUGUCCAACGCCACGGCCGCCUACAGGCUGAAGACGGAGAGCACUCUGAGCGCUCUGGUGGACAGGAUCAGUGAGCUGGAGAAAGGAGGGGGAGACUUCAAGUCCCCAGAGCAGUUUAAGCUGUCCCUCCCCCAGCGGACCAACUACCUGUACGGCCGCGUCACCAAGACCCUCCCGGAGAUGUACGCUUUCACGCUCUGCAUGUGGAUCAAGUCCAGCGCCAGUCCUGGCAUCGGGACGCCCUUCUCCUAUGGUGUGCCGGGCCAGGCUAACGAGAUUGUGCUGAUCGAGUGGGGCAAUAACCCGAUAGAGCUGCUCAUCAAUGACAAGGUCGCCCAGCUACCUUUGGAGGUACGGGAUGGGAAGUGGCACCACAUCUGCAUCGCCUGGACCACACGGGACGGCCAAUGGGACGCCUACCAAGACGGAGGCAAGCUGGGAAGCGGGGACAACCUGGCAGCCUGGCACCCGAUCAAACCCGGGGGGGUCAUCAUCCUGGGGCAGGAGCAGGACGUGGUGGGCGGGCGCUUUGAUGCCGGACAGGCCUUCGUGGGCGAGCUGAGUCAGGUGAACAUUUGGGACCGCGUCCUGAAGCCGGUGGAGAUCCAGUCCAUGGCUAACUGCAGCUCUUACAUCCCCGGGAACGUGAUCUCCUGGCUUGCAGCCAACGUGGAAGUGUUUGGGAGGGGAGCGUUCAAGCGACCCUUGGAGACGUGUCAGGAGCGCCUGCCUAAUGCUUAAAAACUUUUGUGCCUCACUUGUGUUUCCAUCCAUUCAGCAUUUUAUUUUUUUAUUGUCUGCUUCGUGGGCUUUACGUUGAACAUCAGCGCGUAAAACAUGUUCUUUUUUCGACUCUCCAAGGAAAGGUAUUUGAGAGGUACUUAAACAAUUCAAUACACCCACCUCUAAGGUUCAAGUUCCCCUCAGGUUUCGGUGCUAGGACAUCAUUUACUGUACAUCUUCAUCCCAUCACAGACGCCCACACAGCUUUCAAGUAAUGAAAAUCCACUCUCAGACUCACGCUACUACGGCAGGGUCCAGACGAUUGGCCGCUGACAUGUGAGUUGAUGUUGCGUGCAGCAUGGGAAGGGAGGAAAGAUUAAGGGUCUGGCUCAUGUUAUGUCUAUUCCUUAACUAGGAAAUGGGCUUAAAGCCAACACCAAUCAAACCUAUUACCCUGACAUGUUAGGGGGAUUAAAAAGAUGGCACUUUACCUGUUACGUGUAGUAGUUCUGUGAGUUAUUGUAUGGUAGAAGCACUACUGUUGAUUUUGCAGCCUUCGGUGGUAAAGCUUCAUUCUUGGAUACCGGUGAUACUAAGGAGUCUAUCACAGUGCUUUUUUGUCUUGCCUUCUUUUCAUUUGAAUGAUAUUUAAAUGGUCUGGAAAAUACUCUUAGCUUUAUGUUGUGAUGCAUCUUUACGUGUGAUUUGACAGAAAGUGUAACACAUUAGACCCAUCACUUGUGUAGUGUCACUGUCCGUUCUCAAGUGUAACCGUCAAGAACAAAUAUAGUUUUUUAAUUGUAAUCUCUAUUUUUAGUAAUGUGAGGCAUUGUCGAUCUUGUCCUGGUGGCCUUGUCAUGCACACUUAAGUGCCAUCAAAUGUUUUCUACGUGUUGAAAACCAUUUGCUUUGCCAAUAAAUGAAAA